AUGGGUAAAAAGCCAAUGACAAGACCGAUUCUUCCGCUACUCAUAUCCAAUUGGGUCCUGGGGAUCGGAAUAAUCGAGUAUCCAAUAGGAACACCGCGGCCAACCUUCAGUUUUAUUUAUUCUACGACUCUCCUCGUAAUUUAUUGCACCACCUCCAUUAUGAUCCGACAUGAGAUCUUCAGAGUGAGCAUCAUCCUGAAGAACAAUACAGUGCCAAUGACUAUUGUAUUCUACACCAAUAUUUUCCUGACCAUCAGUAUUGUCACUCUCGGAUGGUAUCGGAGUAAGGGACUACGCCGUUACGUCGCUAAAGCAGCCGUCGCAGAUGAUUUGAUGGAGCGAAUUGGCAUCCCAAAUAAUCAUGGAAAAAUGCUUAGAGCUGUAGCUGGACAAGUGAUCAAAGGUUUUUUCUUGGUUACAGUUCUAAUAGCGAUAAUCGCUGUGAUCGUUUUAGUCGAGGAUGCGCCGUUGCAAACAAAAAUUUUAAUAUCGUCAGUAAUGAGCUUUCCACUAUUUACGAUGUUUGUUUCCGAUGCAAUGUUCACCAGCUGUGUCAGGUGCGCUUGCUAUAGGUUUACCGAGUUAAACAAGGUUUUAAAAGCUGUGUUAACGAGUACACACGCUUUUCCUCAACAUAAGAGAGUAUGCAGUUCAGUGUUUGAAUCAGGUGGUCAAGAUUCUAACUUUGUCAUCAAUAACGUCAGUCAAAGGAAGAAUCCGGCUGUCAUAGUAAAACUAGCCAAAGAAAUACACUUGCAGUUGAUAAGUGCAUGUCAGGAAAUCAAUAACACCUACGGACUGCACCUGCUUUUGUCUAUAAUAUUCGCCUUCGCAGUGAUAACCGGUAACAUGUACUUGUGCUACAUGAGUUCAAGGAAUUCUAAUAUUCCACAUUACAUUUUGGUAAAAACGUUAGUGGUCUCGGGAAUUUGGAUAGUUCAUUAUGGAAUGAAGAUAUGCUAUUUCAGCAUUGUUUGCGGCUGCUGUACAGAAAACUCAAUAAAAACAGGAGAUUACAUUAACGAAUUUUAUGACGAACCUUCCACUACAAAUGAAACAAAACUUAAGAUUCGACAGUUUAAUAUGCAACUGAUCCAAAAACCUUGCAAAUUUACAGCUUGGGGAUUUGUUGACCUCAACUGCCACUUGAUACAAGUGAUGAUUGGCACAAUAACUACGUACUUAAUGAUUCUCAUACAGCUUGGUACCACUACCUACGUGGCGGAUGAUUCUUAUUCUAAAUAUUUGAAAUCAUUUAGUUCACUGACCUAUUAA